AUGACUACUUUUCUUCACAAAAUAUGGGACGAAACGCUUGCUGGCCCUACGCCAGACAAUGGCCUCGGAAAACUUCGAAAGUAUGAUCCCGUUUCGGCUUCGGAAUCGCCUCCGGUUAAGAUUGCCGGGGACGUUCCUGUAACGCGGAGUAUCACCAUUCUGAGGAGGAGAAACUAUGAUUUGGGGAACUUCUCGGAUGAUCGUGAUGGAAGGAUGAUCGACUCGCCGCGGACGCCUCUAACUCCGGGGACGCCUGAUCCUGAUGGUGAUCUGAAGAGAUUUCCGUGGAAAAGAUUGUCGGCUGAAUCAUUCGACCAAGACGAUUAG